AUGAUCGACGCCUCCUAUCAUACGAACCCGUCGUUGCAAAGCACUGCCCUGAUCAUCACCUGCGCGGUGGUCCUCCUGCUGAUGGCCGCGAUCGUGUCCGUCGUUUUCUGGAAGCACAAACGGAAAGUACAGAACCUGCUGCCGUGCAAGAGCGCGGCGGGCGCGGCGGCGGUCGCCGGACGGGGUCGCGUGCUGCCGGACGGCCAGCCGCAUCCGGGCCCCGGCAUCGGCGGCGGCGGCGGCGCCGGCGGCGCCGUGCUCUACGAGGACCUGCAGGAUCACGCGGUGUCGCACUCGCAGCUGCAUAAUCACCUGCCGACGAGCCACGGCCAGGCGCCGACGAUCGAGAUGCUGGACGUCAAGGACGGCGGAAGAGGGGUGUUCGUCUGCAGCAGCCCCGGUCCUGAUCCUUACACGUCGCAGGACCUUUAUAAUCCCGUCUACGAGGAGCUCAGCAACGGGGACCAUCCGGAGACGGACGAGGAGAGCGAGUUAAACGCCCGCAAUCGUUUGCAUCACCACCACCACCACCACCGUCACCAUCACCGCACGACCAGCGCGUCCAAGCCGGCGAGCGAGGACGAGUUCGCCGAGGACGAGCUGUCGGUGGGCGAGCCGUCGGAGGCGAGGAUGCUCACCUCGAGCAGCGGCCCCACCUGGGGUACGUGCCCGGCCGGUGGCAGGCCACAGCGCGAGCGACGCGGCCGCAGCCCCAGGAGCCUCGACCGGCGCAGGCGGGACAAGAGCCACGACAUGGGCGAGUUCCACGAGGGUAUGCUGCUGGACGCGCUGCUCCAGCUCUAUCCUAGCGUCGCAGGCGUGGCCGGUACUCGAACGGGCAGCACCCAACGCCAGCAGUCCGUCCCGUCGGUGGCGCACAGGUUACCGUACUUCGUGCCGACCUUGCCGGCAGCCCAGGCACCGCGGCUCGAGGAGAACCCCUACGAGAGCGUGCCGGUGCUGGGACCCCUGCACCGCUACUCCAGCCAGAACAGGAGCUGCAAGGAGCGCUCGCGCAACGGCAAAUCCGGCGGCGGCGACAAGUACAAGUACCUGUCGUCCCAGCAGCAAUACGCCGGCGACUACUACGGUCUGCAGGGCCAGCCCGACGUCACGACGCCGCUCUACACCCAGGUGGGCGGCGAGUACUCGGACACGUACUCGCAGCCGACGGACCGGCUGUUCGGCGGCGGCGACGACAAGUACAGCCAGCCGGUGUAUUACACCAACUCGACCCGGGACCCGGCGUGCGAUCAGGUAGUCAACACCGGCCGGCUGUAUCAGGGCCAGCCCGACAGCAGCUUCGGCAGCGACAGCGGUUACAGCCACCACACGUCCGGCACCACCGGCACCACCGGCACCACCGGCACCCGCGGCAGCAACUCCCGGACGAAUCACCGCAGGGACAAGCAACGCAACUCCCACCACUCGCACCAUUCCGCGGACUACAUCGUGUCCUAAUGGAGGACCGAUCGCGACGUCUCCGACGGCAUCCCCGGAGACGUUGCUCUCUCCUCUGGGAAGGGAGAGAGACGAGAUGAGACCUCGUUCCCGUCGCGUUGCUGCCACGACGGAACGACGGCGCCCGUCGAGCGCGCUCGUUAACGGAGAGAGAACGGCUGAUGCCGAUUCGGCUGUGCUGAACUGUAUUUUGAUACUUCGACGUCCACAGUUAAGAAGUCAAUAAGGGCACUCUCGUCGCCCCGGCGAGUCGAGUCGCGACGACCGCGUCGAACGGCUCCGGCCGUCGGGGCGACGAGACCCGGCGAGCUACCGACGAUUCGGACUUGACGAGAGAAACGCAGUGAUCUCCUAGUGAUUUAUACAUAUAACCGACACGCAGGACUAUCUAACAAAUUUAUUUGUAAUCCAAUGAGACUCAGGCUGGUACCAAAGGACGCUAACGAUUACUUUUACCUUUUUAGUCCGAUCCUUUGUAAUUUAUACACGUAGAGGGAGAGCAUCAGCCGCGGAACGAGCCGACCUCGUCCUCGCCGCAAAACGUGCGACUACCAAUCGCGAAGGAGUAUCGAAACCACCCCGUCAGGCGAUUAUCCCCCCCCCCCCACAUCGCUCUUUCAAGCAAUUCACAGUUUUCUAGCCACACGGGCGUGCGAGACAUUCGGAAUCGAGACCUGCCGGAUCGAAACUGGCAGAUCUGUUUAUUCUAAGAUGAAACUUGAUAUUCCUAAUGUAACAUCGAAAAUCUAAGGAUGUGGUGGUUUCCAGGCUGAAUAACGAAGUCGUUCUUAAACGGCGCGUACAAAUUGCGAGAUAAGCGGGUCUCGAUUACGGGCGUCUCGCCCCAGAUUAACCGAUCCACUGCCAGUCCUAUCCUAAACGGUCGGACGUGUUCAGCCGACCGGCAAGUCUCGUACAAACUUUGAUACGACGGAACGUAUAAUUUUUGCCCCGCACCCGCAGGAGCGGAUCCGAUCGCGUAUACACGGUAGGGAACGUUAGACAGCACACCACGCGGUUAUCUAGUCCAAUAAUAAUCACUUUCCGUACCAAGGACGCUUUAGGGAGUCUCGGCGCGAAACAAAGCGACACACGGUAGACUAAACGUCGGCCCCUCGAACCAUCCGUCAGCGGGAAGGCGGAAUGCAACGUGUGUGUGUUGGAAUCUGAUGAACCGAUUGAAUCGCGACAAAAGCGUUCAUGCAAAAGGAUUUUCUAGGGAAGACUGUAACGAUUUAUUUACACGUUGUCUUGUUACGCGACGAGCUUUUAUGUAAUAUACAUAUAUCUGAUGUGAUACAUCGGAUUGCAACAAAUAUACUGCCCAGUUUUUCAAAUUUACAAAAAGUGCCGCGCAAUUGCGAUAAUAAUUAAUAGAUGUAACCCCGGGGAGGUAGGCACUAGAGCGCGCCGUUUUUUUUUUUUGGCGAGGAAAACAACGGCUAGGACUAGACCAGGAGUUGAACCUGCGAUCUUACGCUUACCGGGCGACUGCUCUUCCUACUGAGCUAUCCAAAUCCACACAAAUUAAUAAAUAAAGAAAAAAUAAAUUAAUAAAUAAAAAAAACACUGCUAGUAUGUUUUUAGUUCUUUCACAGUACAGCAUUAUGUGCAAAAUGUUAAAUCUGGGGAAGAACUGAAUAUAUAUCAAUAGUUUUUGUUCAACUUUCGUUAAAACAAUAUUUUUAUAUCUCUCUUUACGUUCAUGAAGAACGCAACUCUAGAAGUAGGUUGUCAACCUCUAUCCAACCCCCGUUAUCAUAUCUGGUGGGACUUUCAGGCCCAAGGGGGUGCAUGUGGCAGGAUCUCUCUCUUCACGAGCUUCAGCUUAUUCAAUGGGACGCUCCGUCUAUGUUUAAUGUGUCUAUGGGCAGGAUAAUCUUGCUGGUUGCCACUAUUUUCCGAGAGGCGUUCGAAUAAAAACCAGCUUGUUCUUGGUGGGAUUCGAAUUAUUGAUUCCUUCGAUCUUUUGGUUCAUCUGUUUACUAAGCGUACUUCUCUCUGCACUAUACUGGAAUAUCUAGUCAAAUGAGACAAAAUAGACAGAGUGUGACAGACCAACGGUACCAUCCUGUUUCUUUCUAGUAAUUUGAUUGGUCAGUGAUUUUCUAUCUCACCUUAAUAUAAGUCUCGCUCUGGCGUUCAUAAAGUGAGAUAGAAAAAUCAUUGACGAAUCCAAUUACUAGAAACAGAAAUAGAAAUUAUACCAUUUGUUUAUCUCACUCUGUCCAUUUUCUUAACGUACCAGAUACUCCAGUACAGUAUGAAGUUUCCCGACGCCACGCUCGAUUUCUGAUGAAACGCGUCGCGAUUAUCGUAGUAGUUUGUUAAUCUGCCCAAUCGAGCCAAGCAAAAUAAAAUCGAGUCAGCCUCACUUUCGAACGUGAAAUCUUCUUUUCCGCAAUUAUUUGGUUCUGCGCAGCGUAAAUGUACGCGAAAUAGAUCGCAAGCGAGAUGUUUGAAUCAGAUUCCAACGUGCAUAAUACGAUUUCGAGGAACCGCAAACGCCACGCGUAUCAUUAGUUCCAUCGCCACACUGCCGCUAAACGCACAUUCGCGCUUCCACCUGCUGGAAAUUUUUGGGCGCGCGCGAGCCUUUUAUUUUUAUAAUCCCAUCGAAGCGUAAAGCUACAAAGGUCGCCCGAUAAAGAAAGAGCAGCGGAAGAGAAACUCUGUUCCCGAGAGAGCGUACCCUUUCUCGCUCUGAAAAAGCUCUUCGAUGAAACUCGACUCGCGACACACCUGACAUCGUUCGUAAAAGAAUUCCCUUUUCCGGUGCCCGCGAUAAUGCAUUCUCGAAUCGCGAUUUUCCCGAAACAGAUAGCCGGAGGAGCGAGGCAGCGCUAACGAAGUCUCGACGUGUUGUUAAUAACGUAACGCAGAACCGCGGCGUUAGGAGAUUCAUGAGCCGGCAAUUGCGAGCCCCGGCCCCAUUCCGAAUCGCCAUUUCGGCGAGCGCCGGCUUUAUCGCGGACUACAAAGACUCGGGCCGGACGACUCCGCGAAUGACCCGAAUCACCCGCGUCCAUUAUUCAGCACAUUAUUAUCGCGAUCGGGUCGAGAGCGCCCGUGUAUGUACGAACACAAUCCUCGAUCGGUAGUCGCACGUGGAUGAGUCGCGGGUUCGCGGAUUACGCUGAACACCGACGCUGAUUUGUUCCUCCGGGAUGUCGCUUCGUCCCGUUAUCGCUAGGUAAUCCUCGGAUCGUCACCCAAAGAGACGAGAACGCCCCCGAGGAAACGCAGUGACUCAAGAAAUAUGAAAUAAUGAGUGGCUGAGAAGUGUUACACGGUUAUCCAUGUGUUAACUUAUCCCGUUUAAAUUUCAUUCUCUUCAAGUUCCUAUCAUCGAACGGAAGGAAGUGUGCAGAAGCUCGGCGCGAUUCAUUUAAUUAACGCUGAACAUGGCUGCGAGCCGGAACGUACGAUUAUUGUAACGAGCGUUAAUUGUGUGGUGAACUGAAAUGAAACGGGAUAAUUUAACACGUGGGCAACUCGCGUAGCACCCUCAAGCCCUCGUUAUUUUCUAUUUUUCAAAUGUCUGUAUUAUAUUUGCAGCGAAGCGAGCUAGUCAUAAGGACACACAUCGGACAAAUCGACGAAACAUUGUGAUUGUAGAAAUAUCGACAUGCUUUUUUUUAUACGUCGGAACGAAGUGACACCUCCGGGAGGGACGCAAGGUAGUCGAGGCUUUUGGUACACCGCGAGGGACAGACCAAAGCGAGAGAGCGUGACGCGAGAGUGAGAGGUGAAAGUGUUCGCGUUUAGCAUGUACAGACGCACGUUAGUACGCCGUAUAAAAAUACCGCUAUCCCUUAUAUACAUACGCAUGUAAGAAAGUAAAAAAAAAACGGUAAUCGACGAGAGAGUGAUUGUAAAUAGAGGAACCGGGAGGGCAGAGACGCUCCGCCCGAGUUGUAGCAUAGCUGUACCAUAACACACGAUAUCGUUACCGAAAUCUUUUCCCGUGCGUGUGCGGCGUAUAAGAACGAGAAACAAAGAUUGAAAUUUAAUAUAUAUAUAUAUAUAUACAUAUAUAUAUAUAAAAGAAGCUAUGUAUAGAGGGAGAGAGGCGCGAAAGAAGAGAUUAUAGAUACGAAUAUAAUUUUUAAAUUAUUUGUAACGGCAGGCGCGCGCGUCGCGACCAUGGCGACGAAGACCGGAAAAGGAGGAGAAUUCCAUUGUAUCUUUCCUUUUCGGAGCGAGAGGGACGGGCAGCGACAAGUGGCUGCCUCCGCGAGGGGGUGUCCUCUUUGAAGCCCUCCCGGGCGUCGCGAGCCUCGCUCUCGCUCCUCGAAACAGUGCACGCUCUCUUUUUAGACGCGCCUAGACGCGAAUACCUCAACACACAAAGAAAUAAUCGCUCUGUUGUAAAUAUAAUUUUAUAUGUGCGAGCCGGCGAGAUUGCGCGCGGUGUGGCUUGCGCGAUCGCAAACGGCAAAACGAGGCCCGGUCCGUGGUGACGAAUAUUAUCGUUGAAGGGGCAAAGGUAGCCCUCGUUCGCCGAGCGCGACUCUCACUUCGUCCUCUUGUCGUACAAUCGUGAAAUUACGUGAAGAUACGACGCCGAUGAUGUCGCGAAACCGGCGCCAGUUAUUAUCGCGCCGGGUCACUCGACUCGUUAAAACUGCAGCUCGCAUUCUCCGAUACUUUCAUUGCCGUUAAUUUGGGAGAAUGAAUAUUUAGAGUCCGGCUGUGCGCUCGGAAAUUUUAUAUAAAGCGACGGCGUUAUUGGCAAUUUUGGAUUUCCCACGUUAAAAUGUUUCCGCGUUGGAGAACCGGCCCCGUGACGCGGCGUCGAAACGACAUGCCAUAUUAACGAUAACUCGCGCAAAUCGAAAAAUCACGCGGCGCGCGACUAUCCAUGUUUUUAUGCGGGGUAAGGAAAUCGAUGCGCGCGAGUUUGCGUUUAUGCCCGGACGGGAAACUUUGCCGAUCGCGCAAACGCCCGCCGUUCGAUGUCGCGCCAAUCGGAAAACGCUCCCGAAAGUCGUGCUCUCGAUCGUCGAUCUUAAACUAUCCUAGACGACAGCACCAGCAAUAAUGUACAAUUACGAUUUCGAAAUGCCCCCUCAGUCCUCUUUUCGUUGUCGUUGCGCCUCGAACGAAUUGCGCCGCGGAGCGUGUUUUCGCACCUUCGCCAGCCUAAGGAUAAUUAAAGUGGUUCGCAUCGCUCAUUAUGUUCUCGCGUCUUGACAAAUUGCAAAAGCUUUCGACAAACAAGCUGAAUUAGUUUUGGAGGAAGUGCGAAAUAAUCGAGUAAUUCCCGUGCUGAUUUAAUUUCGGGAAAAGCGAUGAAAAGUCCAUUUCUUUCGCCGAUCGUCGGACCUUCUCGCGACGAACUGCCGGGCGGCAGCUCACCAGUAUUAUUUUAUUAAUUAAUUUAUUAACGAGUUAAUGAAUCGCACCGGGACGACUGCGCGACUUGCGUCGCGAAGCCCGUCGAACGCGAGGGAGAGAAGCUUCUCGUCCGAGGCAGAAGCGAAAUUUCUGAUUAUUAGCUAAUUAGCGCGAUUCCGUAAAUUAGACUAAGGCAGCUCUCUCAUCGUUCCUCAGGAAGAGUGUACAUUCGAGUAAAAUAAUAUUAAUCGCGAGAGAGCAUGACUGGCUAGAGCGCGAGAGCGAAGGCGGGAGAGAAUGAAGGUGUUACGGUGUGUACUUAUUACAAUGAGAGUCACGCACGAUCAAAAAGAGAAAAGAGGAGACAACUGCAUACAAUCAAAGUGCGCGCAUGACACGAUCGAAGUGUCGGGCGACUCGAGGAUCGAGCGAGGAUCGGAGGAAAUGCGAGGAAAAAGAGAGAGAGAGAGAAAGAGAGAGAAUCAGAAUCAGAGAGAGAGAGAGAGAGAGAGAGAGAGAAAGAGAGAGAGAGAAUCGAAAGGCGGAUCGAGCUAUACACGCUUCUGUAUUUUAUUGCGUCCACGUUAAUCGAAUGUUUCGCGAAUGUUGUUUUAUCUUUUUCUUUUUCUUUCCUUGUGUAUAGCUUGUAUGAUACGUACGGCGGAGGUCUAAGUUAUUCUUGUUCUUAUUUUGUUUUUUAAACGGGGAGACUCGGAAGCGAGAGCCGAGUCGGGGAUCCUCGCGUUACGAGGAUCAACGCGAUUUGAUCGUUGCAUAUCGAGGGUAGCGGGCGAACGAGCGAAGUUCGCGAAACGAAUCACGCGUGAUCCGCAGCGUGCGCAAAUGCGUUGAUAAUAGGAUAACAGGCGGAUGCGUUCGUGAACUAUUUCUCACCUGACGCUUGAUUCGCGUACUCGCGAAAUGCUCGACGUCUCGAAUUCAACUCUCCGAGACGUAAAAUUCAAGACCAAUUGACGAGCAUGGUUUAAGAUCAACUGACAAGUAAAUCCUUCUAACUUCUCUCAUAGAAAAUUUUACCUGACUAUGCAAAUCGCUGCGCCUCAGUUUACAUUCGACGUAGAUUUGUGUACGAAUUGCGGAAUCAGGCACGAGUCGUUUGGCGUACGCGCCCCAAGUAUUUGAUUUGUAAAAUCGUCGUCCUUCGUUCGCCGUCGCGAUACCUUUAUUGUUGCUCCGUACCGUGCGCGCGAGACUAGCGAGCUCUCCAGCUCCGAAACGCGAGCGAGGAAGAAAGGGAGAGGAUCAAAGGGAAGGAGAAGACGAGAGGGGAAAUAAAGAGAAGGGAAUGC